GCGGAAAAUCAACGUAUUCGUCCCUGCUACGCUUGGAGAGGUCAAAAUAUAGCACAUACACUGAACUUCAAACUCCUGUUUUCUCUCUUCCUCUAUUUUGUUGUUUAUAACUUGGAAAUCACAGUAGACGCUAGAUGAAGUUGAAAGGAAAAGUAGCAUUGAUUUCAGGAGGCGCCCGAGGUCUUGGUAGAGCAUACGCAGAAGCAAUAUUAAAGGCUAGCGGAAAGGUAUGUUUAUGUGAUAUAGAUUCAGAAGAAGGAUUAAAAACUCUGAAAAGAUUUCAGACAACAUUUGGUAAUGACAAUGUAAUGUUUGUAAAAUGUGAUGUAACAGAUCAUGAUAGUUUUGAAAAUGUAUUUAAGCAAGCAAAAAGAAAAUUUGGUGUAUUAGAUAUUGUGGUAAAUAAUGCAGGACUUCUUACAGAAGAUAACGUGAGAAAAACAAUGAUGGUUAAUUCAAUAGGUGUCAUAGAGGGGACACAGCUAGCUACACACUAUUUAAGUAAGGAAUCAGGAGGACAAGGCGGUGUUGUUGUCAAUAUUUCUUCUACUGCAGGUUUAACUCCAGUCUUCUACAUGCCAAUUUAUGUAGCUUCUAAAUAUAGUAUUGUAGGAUAUACAAGAAGUGUUGCUCAAAAUCCUACCAACAAAGAAAGAGGGAUGAGAUAUACUUGUUUGUGUCCAGCUUUUACUGAUACUACCAUGUUUGAUAAGAAAUGGUCCAAUGAGGGAGAAGAACCACCACCAGGGAUCAGUGAAGAAGAGAAAAAAGGGGCUCUACACCUAAUAGAAGCAACAGGUGUUAAUACAGUAGAGGAAGUGGUGAAGGGAUUUAUGACAUUACUAGAAGUAGAUGAUAAUAAUGGUGCUGUGAUGACAGUGACUAAAAAACAUGGUGUUCAGUAUCGUCAUGGGAAACCGUUAAGCCAUAAAUUAUAACUUGAAAACAGAAUAUUUUAAUCAGAUGAACUACUUAAACUGUCAUUACUGAUUGAAUCCUUUAAGUGGUUAGUUAUUUUACACACAUAUUUAGUGUUCAUUUAGUGUAUCGUCUAGGGAAACCAUUAAACCAUAAAUUAUCACUUGAAAACAGAAUAUUUUAUUCAGAUGAACUACUUAAACUGUCAUAACUGAUUGAAUCCUUUAAGCGAUUUGUUAUUUUACACACAUAUUUAGUGUUCAGACUAGACUACUGAAGAUAUAAUUUUGGUCUUUCCUGAAGAUACAACUCUUUGGUGUCUCUAAUGGCAGUCCAUAAAAAGUGUUUCAAGGUAGAAUUUAGGUCUGUCCUAAGGGGAACAAGUCUCUGGUGUUUCUGAUGGCACUUCAUUAUCAGAUGCUUGCUAAACUAGGGAUUUAAAGUUACUUUACUGCUAAUCUUGUAAAAUUCUCUUUUCACAAGUAGAAACAUUUUAAGAUUCUUUCUGGUACAAGAAAUCUGGUACUGAAUACAUUCUUUAAGUUUCAGGUCCCAGGUUUUAUAAAUAUUGAAAAUGUUAUCAGGAGUUUCCAUGAAAUACAUGCCAAAGCAAGAAUAACUUCAAGGAAUGCAUCUUAUGGAGUUGAAUCAAAAUGAGCAAUACAUCCUUUAUAUAAUAAUGUGCAUACAUGAUCACUUGUUAGUGAUGCUAAAUGCUACAUUUUCUUGAAAAAUUAUUAUGUAUGUUCAUGCUAAUUAUUCCAGGAAAUGUAGCACUAGUUUGAGAGGAAGUUCCCAUAGUAUUCUAUCUGAAAUUUGUACAUGUAUGAUUGGUCUUGUAGAAAACCAAGGCACGGGCACUGUCUUCCACAAAUAUGGUUGAAUGUCAUUUUAUUUUGUUAAUUUUACUUAUAUUUUGUGAUAAAUGAAAUUAAAUAUGUAUUUUUUAUAUUAAGGAGAAGGUAGGAUAUAAGUUUCUUGUAGGCUCCUUGUAAGAUAAAGAAAAUGGUUAGAUUUUUAAAUUACAUGUACAUCUUCUUAUAGCUAUGUAAUACCAGUUCUAUCAUUAAUAAUGAUAAAAAGAAGUAUUUGUAUUCUGUUUUCAUUAAAAUGUACUAGCUUUUGUCCAUAUUGAGUUGAAAGGUACUUAGAGCAAGAGGGACUCAUAAAAUCUGAACUUGAUCAAUAUCUUUUUAAAUGAGAUAUCUGAUUUAUGUGGAUCUUGCUUGUUCUCUGUCUUAUUUUACCCAAAUUUAUAUUACUGUGGAGUCAUUAUAUUUCAGUGGAUACCUAUUUGUCCUUGAAUUUAAAGGGUAUGGGUGCAUGACAAAAAAUAUUUCCUAUAGGCUUGUGAGCAAUGAUUUCUAGGUAUCCAUGAAAAAAUACAAUUUUAACCAAUCCACAAAAAUUGGUUACUACAAAAACAAAUGAAUCCAUAUUAUUCAAAUAUGUUGUUUUCCACAUUGUAUUAAAAUAACUGAGCCCCAAAAGAAAUCCUAUACAUGUAGUACCUUUUCCUUUUAUUCUUGGUUGAUUUUAUUUAGAUGCAUUUGUUAAUGAUUAUUAAUUUGAAGUAUUUAUUGUUAAUUAAAAUACAUGAUGUGAAACAUUUUAUUUUUACAAUUUUUUAUACAGGAAUAAAGAUAUUAAUCAUUUUC